AUGUGGUCGUUGCUUAGUAAUGUCUUUCAAAUGGUAUUUUUGGACAAAAUGCUGUUGGAUACUGUUAUUGGUACGGUUGGAGCUGGUAACUUUUCUUAUUGGCAACUGGGGCACAAUGGGCCUCUUAUCGUCGAGCUGACCUCUUUAAGUGGAGAUGCUGACUUAUAUGUGGCAGAUAAUUUAAGACCCAGCUACGAAGUAGACCGCCACAACUUCAGCUCCAUAACAUGUGGUGUUGAUGUCGUCAGUAUACCAGCAGAUUUUCCGAGGCCUAUCGGUAUAGGAGUAUUUGGUGCAUGGUCACACACAGUCUCGGCGUACAGCAUUCAUGUAUUUCUGGACCGCUCUGAUACCAAUGAGUUUCCACUUAUCGAGGAAGACCUAAAGAUAGACACAACAGAACCAAAACAGAGGGAGAGAGUGAAAAAGGAGAAAGUAGAAGAGAGACCUCGCUACCUGAAGCUCUUGAACUUCUUGGAUAUGGUUUUCGAUACUUUUGUCUUGUAA